UAGUCCUGGCGGAGGGGGCGUGGGCGGGUCUGAAGGAAGUGGGCGGGAGAAGCGCAGGAGUCUCGUAGCCCGCAGCUUUGGUGAGCUGAGCAGGUUUGAUCCCCAGCUCGGGCUGGUCCGGUAUGAUCAAUGGCAUCGGUCAAGGUGGCCGUAAGGGUCCGGCCCAUGAAUCGCAGGGAAAAGGACUUGGAAGCCAAAUUCAUUAUUCAAAUGGAGAAAAGCAAAACAGUAAUCACAAACUUAAAGAUACCAGAAGGAGGGACUGGGGACUCCGGAAGAGAACGCACCAAGACCUUCACUUAUGACUUUUCUUUUUAUUCUGCUGAUACAAAAAGUCCAGAUUAUGUUUCACAAGAAAUGGUUUUCAAAACCCUUGGGACAGAUGUUGUGAAGUCUGCAUUUGAAGGUUAUAACGCUUGUGUCUUUGCAUAUGGACAGACUGGAUCGGGAAAGUCAUACACUAUGAUGGGAAAUUCUGGUGAUUCUGGUUUAAUACCUCGGAUAUGUGAAGGGCUCUUUAGUCGGAUAAAUGAAACCACCAGAUGGGAUGAAGCAUCUUUUCGAACUGAAGUCAGCUACUUAGAAAUUUAUAAUGAACGUGUGAGAGAUCUACUUAGGCGGAAGUCAUCCAAAACCUUCAAUUUAAGAGUCCGUGAGCAUCCAAAAGAAGGACCGUAUGUUGAGGACUUGUCCAAACAUUUAGUACAGAAUUACAGUGAUGUAGAAGAACUUAUGGAUGCAGGAAACAUCAACCGUACCACUGCAGCGACUGGGAUGAACGACGUCAGUAGUAGGUCUCAUGCCAUCUUCACCAUCAAGUUCACUCAGGCAAAAUUUGAUUCUGAAAUGCCAUGUGAAACCGUGAGUAAGAUCCACUUAGUCGAUCUUGCUGGAAGUGAGCGUGCCGAUGCCACUGGUGCCACCGGGGUUAGACUAAAGGAAGGGGGCAAUAUUAACAAAUCCCUCGUGACUCUGGGAAAUGUCAUUUCUGCCUUAGCUGAUUUAUCUCAGGAUGCAGCGAACCCUUUUGUAAAGAAGAAGCAAGUUUUUGUGCCUUACAGGGAUUCUGUUUUGACUUGGUUGUUGAAAGAUAGCCUUGGAGGAAACUCUAAAACUAUCAUGAUUGCCACCAUUUCACCUGCUGAUGUCAAUUAUGGAGAAACCCUAAGUACUCUUCGCUAUGCAAAUAGAGCCAAAAAUAUCAUCAACAAGCCUACCAUUAAUGAGGACGCCAACGUGAAACUCAUCCGUGAGCUUCGAGCUGAAAUAGCCAGACUGAAAACGCUGCUUGCUCAAGGGAAUCAGAUCGCCCUUUUAGACUCCCCCACAGCCUUAAGUAUGGAGGAAAAACUUCAGCAGAAUGAAGCAAGAGUUCAAGAAUUGACCAAAGAAUGGACAAAUAAAUGGAAUGAAACCCAAAAUAUUUUGAAAGAACAAACCCUAGCCCUUAGGAAAGAAGGGAUUGGUGUUGUUUUGGAUUCUGAACUGCCUCAUUUGAUUGGCAUUGAUGAUGACCUUCUGAGUACUGGAAUUAUUUUAUAUCACUUGAAGGAAGGUCAGACAUAUGUUGGUAGAGAAGAUGCUUCAACAGAACAAGAUAUUGUUCUUCAUGGCCUUGACUUGGAGAGUGAGCACUGUAUCUUUGAAAAUGUCGGGGGGACGGUGACUCUGAUACCCCUGAGUGGGUCUCAGUGUUCUGUGAAUGGUAUUCAGAUCAUGGAGGCUACACACCUAAAUCAAGGUGCUGUGAUACUCUUAGGAAGAACCAAUAUGUUUCGUUUUAACCACCCAAAGGAGGCUGCCAAGCUCAGGGAGAAGAGGAAGAGUGGCCUUCUGUCCUCCUUCAGCUUGUCCAUGACUGACCUCUCGAAGUCCUGUGAGAACCUCUCCGCUGUCAUGUUAUACAAUCCAGGUCUUUUCCCUAUAAAAGGACCCAUCUGUCUAAGACUUGAAUUUGAGCGGCAACAGCGUGAAGAACUUGAAAAAUUAGAAAGUAAAAGGAAACUCAUAGAAGAAAUGGAGGAAAAGCAAAAAUCAGAUAAGGCAGAACUAGAGCGGAUGCAGCAAGAGGUGGAGAGUCAGCGCAAGGAGACAGAAAUUGUCCAGCUCCAGAUCCGCAAGCAGGAGGAGAGCCUCAAACGCCGCAGCUUCCACAUUGAAAGCAGGCUGAAGGAUCUGCUCGCAGAGAAAGAGAAAUUUGAAGAGGAAAGACUGAGGGAGCAGCAGGAAAUUGAACUGCAGAAGAGAAAACAAGAAGAAGAGAGUUUUCUCCGGGUCAAAGAAGAACUGCAGCGGCUCCAGGAACUCAACAACAAUGAGAAGGCUGAGAAGAUCCAGAUAUUUCAAGAACUGGACCGGCUCAAAAGGGAAAAGGAUGAGCAAUAUGCCAAGCUUGAACUGGAGAAAAAGCGGCUAGAGGAGCAAGAAAAGGAGCAGGUCAUGCUGGUGGCCCAUCUCGAAGAGCAGCUCCGGGAGAAGCAGGAGAUGAUCCGGCUCCUCCGGCGAGGGGAGGUACAGCGGGUGGAAGAGGAGAGGAGAGACCUGGAAGGCAUCCGGGAGUCCCUUCUGCGGGUGAAGGAAGCCCGUGCUGAGGGUGAUGACGAUGGUGGGGAGUUAGAAAGGGCUCAGCUACAUUUCUUAGAGUUCAAGAGGAGGCAGCUGGUCAAGCUAGCCAACCUGGAGAAGGACCUGGUGCAGCAGAAGGACCUCCUGAAGAAAGAAGUUGAAGAAGAACAGGAAAUCCUAGAGCGUUUAAAAACUGAGAGUGAAGAAGAAUUUAGGUUGUUGGAAAAAAAUGAUGAUAGUGUCAUGUAUGUUACCCAGGUCACUCAAGACUUAGAGAAAAUAAAGCCAGCAGAGUACAGGCUGCAAUAUAAAGAACGCCAGCUCCAGUACCUCCUGCAGAAUCAUUUGCCAACUCUGUUAGAAGAAAAGCAGAGAGCAUUUGAAAUCCUUGAUAGAGGCCCUCUUGGCCUAGACAACACUCUUUACCAAGUAGAAAAAGAAAUGGAAGAAAAAGAAGAACAGCUUGCACAGUACCAAGCCAAUGCAAGCCAGCUGCAGAAGCUUCAAGCCACCUUUGAAUUCACUGCCAACAUUGCACGGCAGGAAGAAAAAGUGAGAAAAAAGGAAAAGGAGAUUCUAGAAUCCCGAGAGAAGCAGCAGAGGGAGGCUCUGGAGCUGGCUGUAGCCCGGCUAGAGAGGAGGCAUUCAGCCCUGCAGAGGCGCUCCACCCUGGGCCUGGAGAUCGAAGAGCAGAGGCAGAAGCUGGCCACUUUGAACAGCAGCAGCAGUGAGCAGUCAGGGCUGCAGGCCAGCCUAGAAGCUGAGCAGGAGGCCCUGGAGAAGGACCGGGAGAGGUUGGAACAUGAAAUCCAGCAGUUGAAGCAGAAGAUCUGUGAGGUCGAUGGAGUUCAAAAUGGGCAUUUUGGUACCUUGGAGGGAAAAGCUGCUUCUUCCAGCUUGUCGUCUAAUGCUGAAAAAUCUCACCUGGUUCCUCUGAUGGAUGCCAGGGUCAAUGCUUACAUUGAAGAAGAAGUCCAAAGGCGUCUUCAGGUUUUGCAUCGUGUGACUGGUAACAAUAGCAACAUGUCUGCAGUUAUGACGAAGAAUAAUGAGAAACUUCACAAUGGUACCAUUCAACGUAAGCUAAAAUACGAGAAAAGGUGUCUUACCCCGCUGCUGCCCAAAGAUGUCACUGACACGUCCAACAGAGAGGAGAGGAGGGAGGUGGAUCAGAACAACCGCCAGAGAGAUCCUGUGGCUGGGAGUAUCUCAGGCCCUACAACCUUCUCUCCAACAUCAGGAGAGAGAACUUGCCAGCGAAUGGAUCAGCCCUCAACACCUGAGGUGCUGCAGGACAGUGAUUGCAAGUAUAAUCAUCCUGAGUACACAGAUGGUUUUCAGUCAAAAUGUCUCAGUCUAUCUAAAAUCCCUCUUCUUAAUGAAAACAGCACCAGCAAUGCAAAACAUUUUCAGGUUAACUCAGAAAAUUUCAGUGAGCCAAUGACUCAUAAAAACGAACACAACUUGGGAAUCGAGUCCAGCUGGACUUUUCUGCAGCACACAUGCCAAGAAGUGUCUAUAAACAGUGGAAACAAACAGACCAGGAAAAGCAAGUUACUCUGCUAUGUUCUCUCUGAAAGUGUUUCUAGUGAGGAGAGCGCAUCUGCCAGCAUUUUUCAGAAUUCACCACCCUCAAAAUUUUGUCGUGAGCAGCACACUGAGAAAGAGUUAGCUUCUAAAAAACUUAGCUUUCCAGAGUCACUGAUAAAUAUCAAGACAGAAGGAAACAGUGGAUUGGGAUACUUUUACCACAGGUUUUCCAACCUUUAUAAAGAUACUAGCAGUCACCUGCUACAGGCUGGCACAAAGGUGAUCAGCCAUGCCAGGCACAUGGGGCACCUAUGGGACCCCAGUGGGCUCACCUCUCAAGUAAAAACAUUUAUCAGAAGACUGCCAUUUGUGAAACACUUACCGUUGGACAUGCCCUUGAAGUCACACUGGGUAUCACCAGAAUCUCAUUCUUUUCCUGCGGAAGAUCCGGUUGGCAGCAGCAACAGCCAGGAGGCAGGGGCUGGCAAGAGAGCAGAGGUGCCUUACAGAGUACCAGGCUCUACAGCUGCAGAGGUACCAGGUCCCUCACCGAGCUCAGUUGUCCACCUGGAAUGUGAAGAUGCUGGAAGGAUCUCUGCAUUUAAGCAGACCCUUGUGCAAUUCCCAGAUCAACUGCUGAAACUUCAAGAGUGCCCUUCAAAGGACUUUCUCGAGCAUAUGGCUUGUUUCUUACCAGAACUUUUGGGUGGCAUGCAUGAAGUCAAAGGUGUUUACUGGCUUGCUGUUGCUAACUGCACAGAACCUGACCCCCAUCCAGUGUGCUUGCUCCUGCUUCCUUCAACAUUGUUUGCUUUGGUCCUGUCAGAUAACCCCCCAAGCUCCAUGAGCAUUUUUCAUUCUCUACCUCUAUCUGAACUACAGGAGAUUGAAAUCGGCUUUGGUGGGCAGAGCAUUCGAUUCCUGGGCUCUGCAGAGAGUCUCCUGCUGACUGUAUUUAGUUAUAACAAGAACCUCUGUCAACAAAUAUGCCGAGACCUCCUAUGUGUCCUGAUGCCCGAGUCUGAUGCUACUGCCUACACUAGUCAUCCUUUGCUCCAGCAAGAUCUGGUGCAGCUGUCUCUUGACUGGAAAACAGAAAUCCCUGAUUUAGUUUUGUCAAACGGAGUUCGACUGUCAUCCAAAUUCCAGGAUACCAUGGUUGACAUGAUUUACUUUCUUCAUGCAAAUAUGGAAGUCAACAUCCCAUCUCUGGCAGAGGUUCAGUUGUUGCUCUACACGACAGUCAGAGUUGAAGAUGAUUCUGGCCAAGACUCCUGUCAGUCACUGGUUCUUCUGAACACUCAUGUUGCCCUUGUGAGGGAAGACCGAGUUUUCUAUCCACACAUUCGGUCUCUAAGCACACCUCCUCCACGAACACAGUUUGAUGUCAUCAAAUUUCGUGCUUUAAGUGAAUUCAGGUGCAUUAUUGUUCCAGAGAAGAAAACAUUACCAGCAGUCCAGCUUGUCUUCUUUCAAAAACAGGAAGUUCCAUCAGAUUCAAGAAAUAGUCUGUCUGAGCACUCUCCAGAAGCCCAGAAUGCCCAGACUUUCACCAGCUCAUUGUGUCUUCAGGGCAAUCAGAAUGUGGCCCCUGAGGUCUGGAAGCUGAUACUCAACUCUCAGGAUGAGGCUCUGUGGCUAAUCUCACAUUUGACAAGGCUCUAGGGAGGAAACUUAUGAAAACACUGCAUAUUUUUUUGAGAUCUAUAAUAAAAUGAACAUUAUGAAAGCAGUCAAGGACUAUGAAUAUCUCCAUAUAACGAAUUGAUUUGAAACUGGAAAAAUGCAGACCUCUAAAAUGAAAGAUGUAAAUAUAUUAAAUAUCUACAAUAAAAUAAAGUAGGUCAUAGCAGAGUACUUAUAAACUGUGCUUAUCACCACCUUGUUUUAUUUCUUGAACCUUACUUAGCCUUGUGAACUUGGGCCCACCUCAUUAUUUGUGAAGUGAUUAAAGCAUUUCUGAUUGUG